CUAGAGUUUAAUUCGGCCCACAACAUACACACACUAGACACACAUAGCCCAUCCGUAGCCAUUUUUUUGAAAAUCAUAUUCACCCCAUUUAGUCACUCAUUUAACACACAUGAACACACGAAAGGGAAAUUCCCAUUCCUAGUCGGAGACAAAUUCAGCACAAUCAGCUCGUCGUCCAUCCAUUGCAUCUACGAACUGGUGACCUCACCACCUCACCACCCCACUAGCCGCACCAGCACAACAAGUGAAGUCACGUAAUCUCAAGAAGGAGGAAGGAAGAUACCGACGUGGAAGCCAGCCGGAAUAGGAGGAGGAGGAACAUCGCUGCCAACCCGAAAUGCAGAAGGGCGUCAAGGACAAGGAGAACCGGGAUUCGAUGCUGGGUCCGCAGAUCUGUGAGUUCCAGCAACAGCCAACCAAGCAAAACGAUGGCUUCCUUGGCAGUUUCCUAUCGAAGGGCCUGAAGACCAAUCAGCUGGUUGUGAAUACGGAUGAGAAGACCCUGCGACCAGUUGCACGUCUGAAGGAGCCGCGCGAUCUCUUCGCCCUGCCGAAGGACAAGGACAAUGACUGCUCACAGCAGGCCCCCAGAUGGCCGGUGGAAUGCCAGGUCAUCGAGGAGCGCAUCACACACAUUCCGUACGUGCCCGCUGUGCCGGAGCCGCUCAAUGCUCCGACGGGAAACGAGCUGAAACCACGUCCCGUGGGCGAGGAGAACGGCAUCGUGGUGUUCAGCUACAGUCCAAUUAGCGCCGUCAACUAUGAAAAGCCCAAGGCGAAGAAGGAGGACGAUGAGUCCAGCGACGAAUCGGACUAUUCCUCGGACUCACGCCAGGACUCGACGCCUCCGAGCCGGUCCACGCCCAUGCGCCUGGCGGGCGGCGGUGGAUGUGCACCGGGCAAACUGAGCAGCGUGUCCAAGAUGAUCAACAGCGUGGACAAUCGGUCCACCAGUGCGUCCCUGGACGACAACGAUGACGAAUACGAUGACGAAUACGAUACCUCCGGCGGUUAUUGUGGCGGAAGUGGCGAGGCCAAGGAGAAGGCAAUCAUCAAGGAUCUCAUCGAGGCGAAGAAGAAGCGCUACCAGGAGGAGGCGGCGGUCACGCCCGUCGGUGGCGGUACAGCCCGGAAUUCGAGGGCCGCCAGCCGUUCGGAGGCCAGCAAAGAUCCCAGCGCUAUUGAUGACAUCUGGAAGAACAACACCAGCGAAUAUAAGCCCGCCUCGCCGCGCUAUGUGCUCAGUCAGUUCGGAAAGAAUGUGGCCAAGGCGAUGAUCGACCGGAUAGUGGAUCACGAAGAUCUCGUCCCGCCAUCGGGAUCCCAAAAGGUAUCGAAUCAGUUCGCCGUAGGCCCCGUCAAGUUGCCCAAAACCAAUAUGGCCCGCUUAGAGGUGGCCUUCGAGCGCAGUGCCUGCUACAAAAGAUCCAUCUCGAGUUUGAGAAGGGAACUCGUCCCGGGUGGGCAAACGGUUGGCAGCCAUCGCCGUAGGGGAAGCAGCUCUGAGGAGGACAGCAGUAGCUCUGGUUUGGGUGACGAAGAAGAGGAGGAUGACAAUGAUUCCGACUCGGACGCAGAGAAUGCGGGCAGUGGCGGCGGUGGCUUGCGCCGAAUCUUGGGUAGCUACUCGGCCCGGCUGGCAGGUGGCGCCGAGAAGCGUCCUUGUCCCGGUUCCGGAUCCGUUUCGGAUACCGAAACCUUGGUGGGAGACGAGAGCAGGAGCCGGCUGGCUAGUUCUAAUGGUCUGUAUCAGCAAGACCAUAUCCGCUCUAGGAGUCGCCAGUCGCAAGUGCGACCCCCCCUUCGAGCGGUGCCCCACACCCAUGCGGCCACAGUGGCGGCGGCGGCAGCGGCGCUCGCCAGGGGGCGCCACCGCGACAAGGACGGUUGUCUGGGUAGCAAGGACGAAAAGAAUAUGGGAGCGGGAGUGGGAACAACUGGCACUGGCACUGGCACUCGCACCCGCACCUCCUCUCCCGUUGGCAACAACGUCUUCCGGCUGAGCAAGGAUCAGCAGCUAUUGCUGAAUUCGAUGACCAGCCAGGAGACGACCAGCACACUGAUCUCGUCGACAAGUACUAACCAGACGACGACCACCAACUCGUCGCAAUCGUUUUUCUGCUCCGAUUUACCCCAAGCGCAGUUCAGCCGUUCGGCCGUCGGUGGUGCCCGCUUCAUGACCAAUUGCCAUCCCAUGAAUCCGGAGGAGUACGAUGGACUGGAAUUUGAAUCGCGCUUCGAGAGCGGCAACCUGGCCAAGGCGGUCCAAAUCACGCCCACCUACUACGAGCUCUACCUGCGACCCGAUCUCUACACCAGCCGGUCCAAGCAGUGGUUCUACUUCCGCGUGCGGCGCACCAGGCGCAAGAUGCUCUACCGCUUCUCCAUUGUCAAUCUGGUCAAGUCGGACAGUCUGUACAACGAUGGCAUGCAGCCGGUCAUGUACUCCACGCUGGGCGCCAAGGAGAAGAGCGAAGGCUGGCGGAGAUGCGGCGACAACAUCUGCUACUAUCGCAACGAUGAUGAAAGUGCCAGCAAUAGCGCCAACGAGGACGACGAGGACAACUCCACGUACACGCUGACCUUCACCAUUGAGUUCGAGCACGACGACGACACGGUGUUCUUUGCGCACAGCUAUCCGUACACCUAUAGCGACCUGCAGGACUACCUCAUGGAGAUCCAGCGCCAUCCGGUCAAGUCAAAGUUCUGCAAGCUGCGCCUGCUCUGCCGCACCUUGGCUGGCAAUAAUGUCUACUACCUGACGGUGACGGCGCCCUCCUCCAACGAGGAGAACAUGCGGCGCAAGAAAUCGAUUGUGGUGUCGGCGCGUGUGCAUCCCAGCGAGACGCCAGCCUCGUGGAUGAUGAAGGGUCUGAUGGACUUCAUCACUGGGGACACCACGGUGGCCAAGCGGCUGCGGCACAAGUUCAUAUUCAAAUUGGUGCCCAUGCUGAAUCCGGACGGAGUCAUUGUGGGCAACACCCGUAACUCGCUGACCGGCAAGGACCUCAACCGCCAGUACCGAACGGUAAUACGCGAGACAUAUCCAUCCAUUUGGUAUACCAAAGCCAUGAUUAGAAGACUGAUUGAGGAAUGCGGCGUGGCCAUGUACUGUGAUAUGCACGCCCACUCACGAAAGCACAACAUAUUCAUAUAUGGCUGUGAGAACAAGCGCAACCCGGAGAAGAAGCUAACCGAGCAGGUCUUUCCGCUGAUGUUGCACAAGAACAGUGCUGAUCGGUUCUCCUUCGAGAGCUGCAAGUUCAAGAUACAGCGCAGCAAGGAGGGCACCGGGCGUAUCGUGGUCUGGAUGCUGGGCAUCACCAACAGCUAUACGAUCGAGGCCUCCUUUGGCGGCUCCUCGCUGGGAUCGCGCAAGGGGACGCACUUCAACACGCAGGACUACGAGCACAUGGGACGAGCAUUUUGUGAGACACUUCUGGACUACUGCGAUGAGAAUCCGAACAAAGUAAAGCGGCACGCAAAGUUGUUUAAACAAAUCAAAAAGAUAAGAAAACGCGAGAAACGCGAACAGAAAGCAUUGAAAUUACAGAAAAUGGCCGAUCAGAUUUUAAAUUUACUCAAACAACAGGACAGGCUACGAUCCAAAAUUAUCGAAAGACUGAUGCGAGAAGGCUCCAGUGCCGACGAGCCAUUGAAUAUCCCCUUGUCGGAUUACUCAAGCGACGAGGGCAACUGCAGCUCCAGUUCGGACAAUGAGGGCAAGCACUCGAUAACGGCGUCCGAUCUGGAGGGACCAUGUUGUGCUCCCACCCGCGCACCGCCUAGUUCGCCCGAGGUGAUACACGAAAUUCGCAAGUUUCGCAUGCGACGCAUGCGCAAGGUGAUGCACGAGCUGGACAGGAUCUACUUUACGCCACUGUUCCAGCGCAAAUUCAAAACCCUAACGACCCUGAAGAGGCGGCGUCAGAAAAUGGGCGUUAAGGCGGCUCCAAAUGCGAAACGCCUUCGCGGUGGAGGUGUUCCCGCCGUUGCCACAACCACGCCUGCAUCGGCCGUCCAAGCGGGUGCAUCCAUUGUGGAGACCAACGAUGGCCAGAAACAACAGCAGCCGCAGAGACAACUGGCCAGGAAUUUGCCUAUGAAUGGUGCUCAAUCAAUUGCAGCCCAGAGUUCGGACAGUACAGAUAGCAUGGAUUCCUCGCAAUCGGAAUCGCUACAGGAGCCGGAUUGUUCGAGUGCCAGCACCGGAGUGAGCAAAGAGGUCACGAGGAAGGCCAAGUCGAGUGGGGCAGGCAGCAAGAAGACGGCCAAAAAGAAGAAGUUCAUGCCCACGGAGAAGAAGAAGCCGGUGGUCAAUCAGAAGCUGCACGUUGAUCGCAAUUUCCGGCUGUGGCUGGCCAACAGGCGCAUCUACAUCUAUCGUCGUAAGAAGUCCACGCAGGCGCGUCGCACUAAGGUAAGAAACAAGCCCCAGAAGAAACGUGGCGAGGUGGUGCGCACCACACUGGACCUGCCCACAACGGAUCCGGGCUCGGAUCUGCACUUCUCCACCGACGACGAGGAGCACUCGCCGACGUCCGGACAAAAUGGUUACGGUGCAGUGGCUCCGCUACGGCACACGCUGCUCCAGAGCGAUCUGCAGAGGCGGUACAUCGAGGAAAUUGGCGAUACGGUGGUGCAGAAACCAAAGGCGGCGCACAUGCCACCGGAACUGAUUGUGACCACGCCCUCGAAGAGCGGCACACCGGGCGGCGGCAAAAAGCUGGAUGUCUACAAGCUGACGCCUCGCACUGCCCCAGAAUUGGACACGGGAAUGGGCAUGAUGCAACGGCAGGCCGGCGGAACUGGAACAUCCGCCAGACGCACCUACUCGUGGCACAAUCUCGAUCAGCAGGAGAUUCCCAAUGGCAACAGCGGCGGCCAGGGCAAGGCCAACUUCUACAUGGGCGAUUCCAAGCCAGCGAUAAAGGCGAUAACAAAACCGCCCCCCAGAAGGAGUGUGCCGAGCAACUUCAUUCCCCAGCGACAUGGCAAUGCGCAAACGGCCGAUGACCUGCAGCUCAAGCUGUCGCUGAAGAAGAAAGUGUGGACUGGUGCGCACGGGGAUGCGGAUGGUCGACCUCUGGCCUGGUACAAGGGUCACUCGAUAGCAGCAUCCCAAAUGGCCACCACUACGACCACCAUACGAAGUGCAGGCGGUGGUGCUGGAGGAGGAGGGGGAGGAACUGUAGCGGGUGGCGGUGGAGGUGCAGGUGCAGGUGGUCAGAACCGAAACAUGUUCACCUCCAGCGGCAGGGAGCAGACAGCUGCGUCCGGCGGCAUCACCAUGGGCAUGCCACCCGCCUUUGUGGGCGCACCACGGAGACCCAGAAAACUGGAGCAAGUUGAUCUCUUCAAUGCCUGUUCCCAGAAGCUGCUGCUGUGGCAGCAACAGGAGGAGCACAAGCGCUCCCAUCCGCAACCGGCGCAGCGCCUACUAAAAGUGGACGAUCCCCCGCCACAUUCUAGGGAUCGGGACCGCGACCGUGACCGGGACCAGCAAUCCUUCAAGCCCGUGCACAUGGCCAAAAAGACAACGGUUACCAGCCAGGCCAAAGUCAUUCAGGCUUUGGUGGCAGUCGAGUCCGGCGGCAAGGUGAAACGCAAGUCCAGCAGCAUGAUGAAGAUAGCAGAGACCACCCAGCUGGUGACUCGAUUCGCCCGGAAUCGCAACAGCGCCGGAGGAGCAACAGUACAACAACAGCAGCAGCAGCAGCAGCCACCACAACACAUGCACCACCAGCACCAGCGGUUGUUGUUCAAGGGCCAAGGUGGUGCGGGAGCCAUGGGCGCGCGGAUGCACUCUGCCGGCGUGAUGGGUCACAUGCAGGGCAACGGCGGUGGACGUGCGCCCAACAAAUUCAAGACCGGCGGCCUGGUGAUCACAGCCGUGCAGCAGCCGACCAACAUGGCCGGCGGAAGCUCAAGGCGGAUGAGAAAUGCUGCCGGUUUGCAGGCGAAGGGCAGCAAUGGCGCCUUGGGAUCAUCGUCCGGUCAAAUGCAGUACCAGCGCAGCAAUGGCAAUGUCCAGGCCAACAAAUCCGCAACAGGAAUCUCGCUGGACACCGUGAAUCUGGUGCGAAAGGUGAAGACCAAGCUGAAGAAGCGCAAAUCGCGAACUUUGUCAACCGGUGCACCGAAAUAAUUGUCAACUACUGGACGCUCAUCAUCAUCCAGCUGGGCGUAUUGACCAAAUCCAGAAUCUCCGCCAGGUGCAUUAACCAGUUUUUCGUUCAAAAUUUUAGUCCAAUUUAAUCCCAACCCGUCCGUUUUUGUUACGUAAAAAAGAGCGAUAAGAAAAUGUUUAGCAAAAUUAACUAAAUAAUUGAUAACACUAUAGGCCUGUUUUAUGCAUAUGUAAUCCCGAUCUCUGUACCUACAAUUAAUCCCUAAAAUAUGUAAUGUUGAAAGUCCUA